UCUACCCUGUCUCUGGCCUUUGUGUUUGAAAAAAUGUCUUAGGGUGGUUCCCAGCUCUUGGAAGCCCCGGUGGCCUUGAUGAGAUCGCUGUUGCUCAGUGAGCUGCGGGUGCUGGAGAUGCUGGAGAGCCAUGGAGAUGGUGAGCGAGGGUCGCGAGGCUGCGCAGAGGGUUAGGACCAGUUGACAUUCAGUGACGUGGCCAUUGACUUCACUCCAGAUGAGUGGGAAUGCCUGGACCCUCCUCAGCAGACACUGUACAGGGAUGUGAUGUUAGAAAACUACCGAAACCUGGCCUCUGUGGCCUUUUCUCAUCAGUGUACACAUAACUUUUCACCAGAAGAGAUCUUAAAAUACUCCUUCGACAAAGUGACUAGUGGAAGUCGUGGCCUUCAGAGUUUACACUUACAGGCAGACUGGGCAGAUGUAGAUGAGAGUAAAGGUCAGACAGCCUACUGUGGUGGACACAACCAGUGUGUGAACACAAGCAACACCAAAGAUGUCAUUGACAACAGAGAUCAAGAACAGAAGACAGCUAUGAAAAAGGCUCAUGCUAGUACCGGUACUUUUGAUGAGCCGUGUAUCUAUGAACAUAAAUAUCUACAGGAAAAUUUUCAGCAUAACUUAACUUUGAAAGGGAGUUUGGAAGAUCUGAAAGAGGGAUUAAUCUUUUACUCAAAGAAUUCCAGAGACAAUGGAGUGAGAAACAGAGAACUGAUCUCUAAAAGUGAUCAAGUAGACACUUCCUAUCCCGAAAGAUCCUUACUCUUCCACCAGCAGAUAGAUCCUUCCUACAGCCACAUGCACAAUACUAAUGAUCGUGGGUUGCCUGCUACUGAUCCACUGUUGAGUAGCCAAGAUCAAGAUACAGAUAUUUGGAAACACCCUUACAUGUGUAAAGAAACUAGCAAAGCUUUUAGUAAUGGAUCUACACUAAAUAAUUGCAAAAAUAUGACUAUUGUAGAGAAAUCUGGUCAGUGUAACAAAGUACAUAAUAACUUUGACCAUUGCUCAGGUCCCAACAAACGUCAGUGUACUUUUCCAAAGAAACUUUUCAAUUGUGAAAAUGUCUUUACUCGGUGUUCAAAGCUUACUAGCCCUCGAUGUAACUAUAUUCAAGAUAAUCAUUACAAGAAUAUAGAUUGUGACACAAAGUUUGAUGAAACCUCAAACCUUUUUACGCGUAGAAUUCAGCAUGCCCAGAAAUCCUACAAAUGCAAUGAAUGUGGCAAAGCCUUUAAGUAUUGCUCAAGUUACAGUAAACACAGCAUAAUUCACACAGGAGAGAAACCCUACAAAUGUAAAAUAUGUGGGAAGUCCUUUACCCAGUGUGCAAGCCUUAAAAAACACCAGAGAAUCCACACUGGAGAGAAGCCCUACAGAUGUGCAGAAUGUGGCAGAAGCUUUAACCACUGCUCAAUUCUGAGUCAGCACCAGAGAAUCCACACCGGAGAGAAACCUUACAAAUGUGACCACUGUGAGAAAUCCUUUACCCAGUGUGCAAGCCUUAAAAAACACCAGGUGAUCCACACUGGGGAGAAGCCCUACAGAUGUGCAGAAUGUGGCAAAGCCUUUACCCAAAGCUCAACCCUCAGUGAACACCAGAGAAUUCAUACUGGAGAGAAACCCUACAAAUGUGAGCAAUGUGGAAAAGCCUUUACCCAGUGUUCAAGCUUGAAAAAACACCAGAGAAUUCACACUGGAGAAAAACCCUACAAAUGUGAAGUCUGUGGAAAAGCCUUUAACUGUCGUUCAUCUUUUACCAAACACCAGAGAAUUCACACAGGAGAGAAACCUUACAAAUGUAAGGAGUGUGGUAAAGCUUUUAUCCACUGCACAAACCUUACUCAACACCAGAGAAUCCAUACAGGCGAGAAACCAUACAAAUGCAAUGAAUGUGGCAAGUCCUUUAGUCAGUGUUCAAACCUUAGAAAACAUCAGAGAAUUCAUACAUGAGUAAAACCAUCAAAUGUAAAUAAUCUAGUAAACCCUUCGUACAUAGUCAAAAGCUCAUGUAAUGUCCUAUAAUUCAAACUGGGGUAAGUCCUACAGAGGCAGUGAAUGUAGCAAAGUCUAUGAUGACCAUUCACAAUUUUCUCAGAAUCAGAAUUAAUUCUACCCUACAAAUAAGAGUACCAAAUUCUUAGAAUUCUUUACUAGACACCACAGAAUUCACUUUGGAGAGAAACACAUGAUUUUUUAAUGUGGAAAAAAAUCUAAUUGUUGGCCAU